UAUGGUGUAGGGAGGCCAGAUGACGUCUGGAUAAAAAGGAAACCUGACAAUGUUUCUCCAAAGACUUCACCAAUCAUUGUCAAGGAAACAGUCAUCUGGACAGAAGGAAGGGGGCGAACACUAAAACGACAUGGUAAAGUACCAGCAAUACCGGACAAUAAAUCUAAUAAUCAUGAAGAUGAGAAUCAUUAUAACACAAUCAACGAAAUUGAAAUGAUUGAUCUAGAAGAUGUGGAAUCUGAAAAAAAGGAGGUUUAUCGAAAGAAGAAUAGUGCAUCAGACGUUACAGUGUAUGAUGUGAAUACACGGUCGAAAGAAGGAAUGAAUAGUACAUGUUUAGAAUAUAGUGAAAUGGUGAAAAUCUUUCGAAGGUUGAUUGUUCAAAACGUGCAUGUUGAAGACGUCUUACCAUCUUUACAAUUUCUUGAGAACCAUGACGAUAUAUAUGAAGAAAGAAAUAGUUCUCCUAAAAACGCUGUACAGUUCCUAUUGGACGAGUUGAAGAAAAGUGAAGAACCUGGGAAAUGGCAAAAAUUUAUUGAUGCAUUAAGGGUUACUGGCAUGUAUUUAUGA